AUGUGUGUGGACUUUGGUGGAGAGUGUCUGGACUGUGGUGGAGCGUCUGUGGACUGUGGUGGAGUGUGGGUGACUGUUUUGGAGCAUUGUGGAUUGUGGUGGAGCGUUUUUGGACUGAGGUUGAACGUGUGUGGACUGUGGUGGAGAGUGUUUGAUCUGUGGUGGAGUAUGUUUGAACUGUGGUGGAGCGUGUGUGGACUGUGGUUGAGCAUGUUUGAACUGUGGUGGAGUGUGUAUGUGGACUGUGGUGGAGCAUUUGUGGACUGUGAGGGAGUGUGGGUGGAUUGUGGUGGAGAUUAAUUGAACUUUGGUGGAGCUUGUGUCGACUGUGGUGGAGCGUUUGUGGACUGUGGUGGAGUGUAUUUGAACUGUGUUGGAGCGUGUUUGGACUGUGUUGGAGCUUGUGUGGACUGUGUUGGAGUGUAAGUGGACUGUGAUGGAGCGUGUGUGGACUGUGGUGGAACAUGUGUGGAAUUUGCUGGAAUGUGUGUGGAGUGUGGUGGAGUGUAUGUGGACUGUUUUGGAGCAUGUGUGGACUGAGGUGGAGUGUGUGUGGACUGUGGUGGAGCGUGUGUGGACUGUGGUGGAGCGUAUGUGGACUGUGGUGAACCAUGUGUGGACUAUGGUGGGAUGUUUGUGGACUGUGGUUGAGCGUGUGUGGACUGUGGUGGAGCAUGUGUGUGGACUGUGGUGGAGCGUAUUUGAACUGUGGUGA